AGGAGGAUUUUAGUUGCCCUAGCCCCUCAGGUGCCAGUUUAAGAUCUCGAAGCGCGAGCCACCGCGAGCGUGAAUUAGGGUUCGUGACGGAUUUGCCGGCGCUUCGCUCCGAGAAGUGUUUCUAGGGUUUAGAUCUCGCAGGUAAGAUGCCUCCUCGGUCGGCUAAGAAGACGGCAGGGCAGAGGAAGACGGCGGCUAGGACUUUCAGGGCGGUGCUUAAAGCUCAGACCGAGGCGGAGGUUGUGGAGGAGCCCACCGAGGUGGAAGAGGUCCCGCCUUCCGUCGAGGAGGUGAAGGAAGAGACCAAGGUAGAGGCUGUCGUCGUCAGGGAUAAGAUGUUCGAUCUUAAUUCCAGUGAUAUUGGCCGUGACUCCGUCGAUGUUGAAUAUGAAGAGGUUGUCAAGGAGGUUUACUUGGAAGAAGAAAAUGGUGAAAGGUUAGAGUUAGAGGACAAUGAGGUGGAGUAUGAACAUGAAGAAGAUACUGCUGUAGAUUAUGAUGAGAAGUAUGUUGAGAAUGAAGUACAAGAAGAUUAUGUUGAUGGAGAGGGUGAAGAAGGUGAUGUAAUUGAAGAGGUGGAAAUUGAUAUGGUUGAUGAAGAAAUCGUGGAUGAUAGAGAUCACUUAGAAGGUGAGGAAGAUGAAAAUGUUGAGGUAGAGCAUAUGCUUAAUGCUGAGGAAGAAGAACAACACAAAGUAGUUGAAGAACAUAGAAAAAGAAAGGAGUUUGAAAUAUUUGUUGGUGGCCUAGAUAAAGAUGCUAAUGAAGAUGACCUCAAGAGAGUUUUUUCUCAAGUGGGCGAGGUCACUGAGGUUCGGUUAAUGAUGAAUCCAUUGACAAAGAAGAACAAAGGAUUUGCAUUUUUGCGUUUCGCAACUGUAGAGCAGGCAAAGCGUGCUGUGUCAGAUCUCAAGACUCCUGUGGUACGCGGUAAGCAAUGUGGAGUUGCUCCAAGUCAAGACAGUGAUACACUGUUUGUGGGUAAUAUUUGCAAAUCUUGGACAAAGGAACAUUUUAAGGAAAAACUUAAAAGCUAUGGAGUUGAGAAUGUAGAAGAUGUGACCCUUGUUGAGGAUACUAAUAAUGCGGGAAUGAAUCGUGGUUUUGCCUUCCUGGAGUUCUCAUCACGUACUGAAGCAAUGGAUGCUUACAAGAUCUUGCAGAAGAGAGAUGUAGUGUUUGGUGUUGAUAGGACCGCUAAGAUCGCCUUUGCAGAUUCUUUCAUUGAUCCAGAUGAUGAAAUUAUGGCCCAGGUUAAAACUGUUUUCAUUGAUGGCUUGCCUGCUAUGUGGGAUGAGGAUCGGGUUAGGGAUUGCCUCAAGAAAUAUGGUGUAAUUGAGAAAGUUGAGCUUGCUCGUAAUAUGCCAGCUGCCAAAAGGAAAGAUUUUGGAUUUGUUACUUUUGACACUCAUGAUAAUGCUGUUGUAUGUGCUGAUGGUAUUAACAAUACGGAACUAGGGGAAGGUCAUAGCAAGGUCAAAGUUAGGGCUAGAUUGUCUAGGCCACAUCAAAGAGGAAGAGUGAAACGCAGUCUUCAUGGAACUUUUAGGCCUAGCCGGGACGCUCCACGAAGUGGCCGUGCAUCAUAUCACCGGCCUCCACCUACUAGGUUUUCAAGUUAUGCCUAUAGACCAGUUGGUGCUCGUGGUGUGUCUAGUAGCAGUCGCGGUAUGAAGAAGCCUCUUGGACAUAGGGAUAGACACCCUGAGAUGAUAAUGGCAGAGCGGGUAAGGCGUUUGCCUCCACCAGAGAGGUCCUAUCAGAGAAGGCCACCUGCACCUGUUGAUACAUAUCCAAGGAUUAGUGACAGGAGGGACUAUGUGAGACGUGAUGACCUACCACCUCCUAGAAGCCGACCUGUUCCAGAGUAUGGUUCCCGAGUGCCCAUCGAGAGAGUUCCAUCUUAUCGAGAUGAUUACUCCUUUCGAGGGCCUGGUUACUCUGAAUUGCCACCACGUAGUGCCUCUCGUCCUAGUGACAGGAGGGUUUACAUUGAUGAUGAUUAUGAGAGGAAACUUGAACGCCCCCUCACAUAUCGAGAAGGCCGUAGCCGAGAUUAUGUUUCAGUUUCUGGGUCAAAACGUCCUUACUCAGAAAUGGAUGAUCCUCGUUAUGCUGAUAUAAGCAUACGCCAGCCAAGGGCUCGCUUGGAUUAUGCUGUUAGUGGUACUGGAGCUCAGUAUGGACAUGCUUAUAGUGAUAGGCUUGGUCAAGAGAAUGUUGGAUAUGGUAGUACCCGAGGUUCUCUUUCUGGUCACGAUACCUUGUAUGGGACUCGUCAGGGAAUGACUUAUGCGCGGGGUUCAACUAGCAGUAGUGCAGGUGGAGUAUACUCAUCAAGCUUCGGCAGUGGCUAUUUGUCACGUGGAUCUGAUGGUGGUGGUGGUUCAGCUUCAUCAUCUUUCAUUUCUGGGCGUAGUUUGAGUAGCCGUGGAUAUGCUGGCAGCGGUGGAUCUAGUUCAUACUAUUAAGGAACUUUUCUGGCUUGGAUAUUACAUUUUUUAGCACCACUUGGUUUGUGUUCAGUUAUCAUGCAUAGAUUUAUCUCCAUGGCACAGAUCUGACAGUAAUGAAGGCUGGUGCAGGCUGUGGAUUCUAGGAAGCUUCUCUAUGCGUUGCCUGCAUGUCAGGAAAGAUGGCCUAACACUGAGCACGCUUAGCCUGUUUUCCUGCUGGUUUUGUGAGAGAACUUGGUGAAAUCAAAUUAAGAAGCAGCAAGCUGUAAGGUGUGGUCUGACCAGUUAUUUGAACUCGAACCUUUAAUUAGUGUUAUUCAAUGUAAGGGAAUUUUAACAUACUGAGUGACAAUAUGGAACAUCGAGAAAUGAUGUGCUAUGUAUGAAGCAUGUUGUUUUCAGCUUUGAGACAGUUGGAUGGAGAAAGAUUUUAGCAGUUAUGUUUUAAUUGAGCAGUGUUAAGUGGUAUUCUAAAGGUGAAGUGCUUUUGGAUGCUUCAGUUUGGAUUAAGCAUUUGAGAUUAAACACCUUGAAGUAUAUCAUUUUUAAGCAUUGCUUGAAGGAUAUUCUGGUUAUGAGUUAUACUCGAGGAUUUGGUAUUGUAAAUUGAGAAAGCUUCCGAAUUUGUUGGAUGUGUGGCUUUGAGAUUCUGUUUGCCUCCUUUUGCAUUCUUGGAGUGGCAAGAUGCCUUUUAAUGCAUAACUUCCAAAACUGAUCUUCAAAGAUUUCAGAAUCAGAAUAUUUUUACAAUGGUGUUGGCAUGCAAUAUUAUCAUGAUUCUUAUAUCCAGGAUCUAAUUUCUACUUAGUCAAGAAAGCACAGCUAAGAUUUGUUAGGGUGCCUAUAUACAUUUACUUAUUGGUAUUGAGUGGUGCUAUAUGUUCCCAUGAUAUUGUAUUUUGGAUCUGUGCAUAGUCUUUACAUGUUCUCUGAAUGCAAGUCUCUUAAUAUUGGAACUCCUAAUUGUAAGAAUAUUUUUGGUUUGGCUGCAAAAUUUGUCAAAUUACUGGACAUUUCAAAAAUGGAGUUACAUCAUGUCUGAUGUGGCACCAUUGGAGAUUGACUGCCACUCUGAUAUUUACAUACUGUGGUCUUGCCUGGAUAAGUCAUUUACUCGAUUUUGCUGUAAGAUGCACCUAGGAGACUCUGAGAUCACUCACAUACAGCUGUGGAUUGUGUUUUGUUGACCGGUUCUAAGAAUGACCAGAUUGGAUCCUGGUCUUAUAAUAAACAAGUGAUUCACUCCAACAAAUCUUCUAUAAAGGGUUAGCAAGUUAAUUAUAUUUACUCUGUUUCUCUUGUGGAAAACCAUACAGAAACAUGAGGAAAUGGUUUAAGGACAAAUUUUUGGGUAGUUCUACCUCCCAAUAUUUUCUCUGAUUCCCAUGAUUAUGAACCAUCUUACCAUAUAUUCUGUUCGGCUGAUAGAAGUGGGUUUAUCAGGGAAAUUAACUGGUUCCUGAUUGAAUUAGUUGUGAGCUUUUGGUUUACAAGUUUUCUGGUGCUAGUUGAGAGACAGAGAUUUGGAGUUUUAGAGAAAUGCAGGGUCGGAUAUCAAGACUACCUAUAUAUAACAGUAUAUAGCCCUUGGCACUGGCAUAUAUACACCUUUUUUUUUCCCUUCCAAUUUGAUAAUCCACUUGCUAUUACAAUACAAAAUAUUAUGAUUUCUGUUUCAGGGAUCUUCCUGUUUAUUUAUUCAUAAAAUUUUCUUUUUUUAUUUAAAUUAUUAUGUCAAUGUUUAAGCAUUGCAGUUUAAUUAACCAACUGUGGAAUACUGGCAAGUUGAACUUGCCAAUAUUAGUCAGGAUCUAACCACAAAUGUAGCUUCUUAUAGUGACAAUAACUUUUUUGUCUUUUCCUUUGUCAAUGAGAUGUUCCAAUUGCUCGACACUGGAAGUAUUUUGAUAUAUUUUUUUUUUGUCUUGAUACUUCACUUUCAUUCUUCUUUAAUAUCUUUCUAAUUUAUUUCUUGCUAAAUCGAUUUUUUAAAAUUACAUUCAUUACUUGAUUUUAAAAUUACUUAAUUCCUGCUAAUUUAUGUUCUUUAGCCAUGCUUUUUAGUAUGUUACACAAUGCUAGCAGUUAGAAGCCAUCCCAUCAUUUGUUUGCAUUAGAUAGUUAGACUUGUUUGAAUGCUUAGUUGUCUUCAAUUAGCUACUAAAUACAUUGAACUUGUCGAGCUUCUUCGGAUAGCAAUUACACCUGCCAUUAGUUGAUGAGAUAUACAUGUUGCCAUUUGUAAAUCUAAAAAAUCAAUCAAAAAAAUUUCAGGUGAUGAUUCUGUCCCAUUUAAUCUUCGUUCUUGAAUCAGAGUGAAAUUGCAUUACCUGUAUUCAAAUGUUUAUGAAGUGGUUACUUAUUGUUGCUUUACUGAGAACAAUAUCAAUUUAAUGGUUUCUUAUUGCAAGUAAUCAAGCGCUCUACUUGUGCAUAUAUUUUCAUUUUACACCAAGUACUACUUCUGUAUGCACACCAUGGAUCUAAGAGUCACUUGGAAAUAAGUCCGCUAUCCAAUUAGCGUUAUGGCUACAACUAAAUUAAUUGGUGCAGGUAUGGUUAUCAUGAUUGCUGAUCCUUCCAUAUUCUUGGUGAUUAGUUGUGUAGAAAAUUUUGGUCUGAAAUAAUAAUAAAUGAUACUCUGGAUGAUCAAUUACUUGCUUCACUUCUGUAUGCUUAAAUUCUACAGUGAUAGGAUUCUACAUGGCACUUGUUUAUUUUGAAAGUUCUAGCUAGCAAAUGAAUGAUUGAAAAGCCUUUUGAUAAGGUUCAACUGGUAUCCAUAAUCAUGUUAUAGUGGGAGUAUCCAGGAUUUUCAUUUCAAUAUUUUUUCACACUUCAUUUAGAGCUCUUGUUUCAGUUGAUAUUAUACUCAUUUUCUAAACCUGUGAUGAGAAUUCUACUGGAGAGCUUGGAAGAUGCUGGGGGAAGGAGACUAAACGAGGCAGAACUUUUCAUGUAUUAUAUUUGUUCGUAUUUGUCCUUUCGCUGUAAAACCCUUAACAAUCAUUUGUCUUAAUUAAUUAUCAACGACGUACAAAUACAAAGACUUGAGAUCUCGUUACAUUGUA